GAUUGGCCGCUCCGACGGCGAGACCCGGCCCCACCGGGCGGCUGCUCCCGGUGACACUCGCCCGCCCGCGCCUCCCGGGGCGGCCGGUGCUGCCCGCGGCUCCGGCACCAUGGACCGGCUCAGCGUGCUGGACCAGCUCCUGCCAGAGCUCAGCGUGUUGCUCAAGCUGCUGGACCAUGAGUACCUGAGUGCCACCACGCAGGAGAAGAAGCUGGCCGUGUCCACCAUCCUGCAGAAGCUGCAGCCGCCUGCAGGGAAGGAUGUGGACUACAUGUAUGUCAACACAGCAUCCCUGAGCAACGGUACCAGCUUCGUGGAGUCUCUCUUUGAGGAGUUUGACUGUGACCUGCGGGACCUCCAGGACAUGCAGGAGGAGGAGGGGGACACCGGUGAAGGUGCUGGAGGGGAGGAGCUGGCGAGGACCCAGACGGCGAAACCUGCUCCUGUGGACCCUGCCCCACCACUGCCCACCACUCCCCCGCCUGAGGAUUACUACGAGGAAGCCCUGCCCCUGGGCCCUGGCAAGGCCCCCGAGUACAUCACCUCCCGCAACAGCUCCAGCCCCCCCAACUCCAUCGAGGAUGGCUAUUACGAGGAUGCAGACAGCAGCUACCCUGUCACCAGGAUGAACGGGGAGCAGAAAACCUCCUUCAAUGACUCGGAUGCGAUGAGCAGCUCUUACGAGUCAUACGAUGAGGAGGAGGAGGAGGCGAAGAGCCAGCAGCUCACACACCAGUGGCCGUCAGAGGAAGCUUCCAUGAACCUGGUGAAGGACUGCAGGAUUUGUGCCUUCCUGUUGCGCAAGAAGCGCUUCGGACAGUGGGCCAAGCAGCUCACCAUCAUACGGGACAGCAAACUGCUGUGCUACAAGAGCUCCAAGGACCGUCAGCCACACGUGGAGGUGCCCCUGGGCUCCUGCAAUGUCAUCUACGUCCCCAAGGACGGGCGGCGCAAGAAGCACGAGCUGCGGUUUUCGCUACCGGGGGCCGAGGCGCUGGUGCUGGCCGUGCAGAGCAAGGAGCAGGCUGAGGAGUGGCUGAAGGUGAUAAAGGAAGCCAGCAGUCCGGCUGCAGGCGGGAUGGAAGCCCCCACCUCCCCGAUGAUGCCUUGCAAGCUGGACCUGGAUAAGCGUCUGUCACAGGAGAAGCACACCUCUGAUUCAGACAGUGUGGCCACGGGUGAGACCAGCUCCACAGCAGUGCGCAGAGAGCCUGGCGAGCAUGGGAAGGGCAAAAAGAGUGGCUUGGCUGACCUGAAGGGCUCGAUGAGCCGCGCAGCGGGGAAGAAGAUCACCAGGAUCAUCAGCUUCUCCAAGAAGAAGCCUUCCCCCGAGGACACGCAGACCUCCUCCACCGAGGAGGACAUCCCCUGCUGCGGCUACCUCAGUGUCCUGGUUAACCAGUGCUGGAAGGAGCGCUGGUGUCGCCUCAAGGGCAACACCCUCUACUUCCACAAGGACCGCACUGACCUGCGGACACACGUGAAUGCCAUCGUGCUCCGGGGCUGCGAGGUGGCCCCGGGGCUGGGCCCCAAACACCCCUUUGCCUUCCGCAUCCUUCGCAACGGGCAGGAGGUGGUGGCGCUGGAGGCAAGCUGCUCCGAAGACCUGGGCCGCUGGCUGGGUCUCCUCUUGGUGGAGACGGGCUCACAGACAGCACCAGAGGCCCUGCACUACGACUAUGUGGAUGUGGAGACCAUUGCCAACAUAGUGACGGCUGUGAGGCACUCCUACCUGUGGGCCAGCUCCUCCCAAGACCACCAGCCAGACUCCUCCCGUGUGGUGUACGAUGAUGUCCCCUAUGAGAAGGUUCAGGCUGAGGAGCGGCCAGCAGGCGCACAGGUGAAGCGCCAUGCAUCCUCCUGCAGUGAGAAAUCGCGGCGGGUGGACCCACAAGUGAAGGUCAAGAGGCACGCGUCAAAUGCCAACCAGUACAGGUAUGGUAAGAACCGGGCGGAGGAGGAUGCCAGGCGAUUUCUGACAGAGAAGGAGAAGCUGGAGAAGGAGAAAGCAUCGAUCCGCAGCGAGCUGGUGUUGCUGCGGAAAGAGAAGCGAGAGUUGCGGGAAGCAAUGAAGAGCAGCACGGGGCCGAAGCUGCAGGAGCUGGAGCAGCAGGUGGCGGUGCUGGAGGAGCAGUGCCGGCAGAAGGAGGAGGGACGCGUCGAUCUGGAGCUGAAGCUGACCGAAGUUAAGGAGCGGCUGAAGCAGUCGCUGGCGGGAGGCCCGGCCCUGGGGCUGGCUGUGACCAGCAAGGCUGAGAAUGGGGAAGCUACAAACAAGCCAAAUGGGAGCACCCCUGAGCACCUGGUCCCUGUUAACUGUGCAGCUGAACUGAGGAAAAGAAGUCCCUCCAUAAUCCCUGCCAACAAGGGGAACGUGCUGCGGAAGGCCAAGGAAUGGGAAAAGAAGCAGACUUAAGCCAGGCUGCAGGAAUGCCUGCCAAGCCCCAAUGGACACUGGGGCUCAUGGAAGAGCUACAAGCCCCCUUUCUCCAAGGCACAUGGGGCGAGAGACGCUGUCCCACACCCCACCACUGCAGCACCAUCUGCCUCGUGGGCAACACUAUGAACCAUGGGGAAGGGGCGGGAGGGGGAUCUGGGAGGCGGGUGGGGAAAGGGGAGUCCUUUCUGGAUCAGGGUCACAUAUUACUGGGAAACCCAUCUCUGGGGGAGCCUCCCUGGGGCAGGAGUUCAGCACAAGAUGCAUAAGGAAGGAGAGGGGUGUCAGUCGGCACUGCCUGCGUGCACUGUGAUUUAUCAGGAUCAGCGUGUGCCACCCUGGGGAUGCUGGCAGCCAGUCUAAAGCUUUUCAAAGUGACCACAGACUUGGGGUUUUUUUGCCCCCUUCAAUGUUGGAGUUCAUGAGCUGCUCAGGACCGGACACUUUGGAGAUGCCGAUCAUUUGCCCUGCUCACUGCUCCCAGGUCUGCGGGAUCUCAUCUCAGGGUUCCUUAUAUCUCAAGCUCAAAUGCCCUUGUCCAGUAUUUCCUUCUUGUCUUGCAAGCAGUAAGGGUGAGGGCAUGCUGGCUUCCCUUGGGAAUGAACAAAACUCAAGUGUCAGCAUUUGAAAGCAAAUUAACAAUGGACACUCUUCAACAUUGCUAAACAGCUUAGAAGUGCUGCAAAGGGCUGAGGCUGAAGGCAGCCCGGCUCUCUCUUCCCUAGCCCCAUGCUAGCUUCUGGGGGCAGCAGGGAAAAGGGACAAGGCUGUCUCCCAGCCAACAGCGCAUUCACACUAUUGCUGCUGCAGUCAGAUACAGUUUGGCAAGGCAUGUGGUCAAAAUGGAGUGAAGGGAAGUUUAAAACAAAACACAAAAGACCAAAAAAGGUGCUUUCAAAUGAGGGGAGGAACAGAAAAGAGAAAUGGAGGAAGGUCAAUUAGCACUGGCAGAAACGAGGGAUAGGAGUGAAAAGGAAAGUUCCAGGCUUUUGUGCCGGGAACAAGGGAGCAGGCCAGUCACCCACUCAUGCUAACAGCUGCACCAUUAACCUUUGGAGCUCUCUCUCAAAGCCCUCUUGUUGGUAACCAGGUAAGCAGCUUUCAAUAAACACGCUGGCACCGGCCUGC